CGACCAUCCGCCUUCGCCAAUGCCAGCCUUCUGCAAGGCACAGCCGGAUUCCAUCACGGUUCGUCUUUGGUCUUGACCGGUCUUUUACACCAAUGUCUACUAGCAGCCUCCAGUCUGGCCCCGUAUUCAUGUGGAAAGUUCGGGUCUUGACUGACCAAAGCCAAGGGGAUCCACCUCUCUGGUCCCAGGACAACCCCGGCCACAUAGCCCUCGGCUUUGAAACGUGCCAGGCCAUCUCCUGUUCUGCUUGUCCACCAGCUCCAUCCACUCCCUUGGAUAGACAAGCUAUAUUUCGUUGCAAGAUGCUGUUUCAAUUCUCUCUCCUUCUCUCCUCUCCUGCUCAAUCAUUCCCUGUUGCGUCUACUUGACACGUUUUGUGCGACACAUAGCACCUCCGUCCUUCUUUCUCAAACUCCUGCUAGGCUUGCCUCAGGUCUAUUCUUGCAAUUCUGCACCCACUAGAGCUACGCUCGUGGUCACUCAUUCGCCAACCAGGUCAUUCAUUCAUUGAAUCCCUAUACAAAGUCCCCUGGAGGGUUCCUCAUUCUCCAACUACCGCAACAUAGUUCCCUCGAACUAUCCACCGCUUACCUGCAUAACGAGUACUUGUACCCCUUGCAGGCAAUAUGGUUUCCAACAUCAUCCCCGUCUUGGCAUUCGCCUCUAUUGUGCUGGCACACCCUCACCCACACGCUGACAAGCAUCGCCCAUGGCGAUACUAUGGCUCCGGAAACAAGCCCAGUCGACCAGAUGGAGUUGCUGCUCCCACUGGAUUUUCCGCUCCUCCUACAAACGACUCCAGUCCGAUCAACAUCGCUGGAGCUCCUAUCGACCCACCUUCCGGAACCAACGACGAUCUUCAAACCGUCACAAUCGUUCCCGUAUCCGAUGAGUCAGCAGAGCCCGCUAGCAGUGGCAUUGAGCAAAUCCUUUCACAGAGCUCUGCUGUCGAUCUUGAUGCCACCGGUUCAUUGACGGCUGCCGCGUUCUUCGGUCGACCAACUGGAAAUGGUCGUCGAAGCACUUAUGCUUGGGGAGGCGACGAGGGAGUUCCCUCUGCUUCCGACCCAGCUGCCGUGCCAACCACCUUCCAGACUGCCGUCUACACCGAGCCCACCGCAGCCUAUGGCAGCGAUUCUCCAGCAGCAACCUCUGCAUCCAGCCCAGCCGAAAGCUAUACUCCCAGCACUGGAGGUAGCGGUGGCUCGACCAGUGGUAAGAAGGGUCUCUCCUAUAACAACCCAUCUCUCACGAACGCCUUCGCCGGAAAGGGCAUCAGCUGGGCCUACAAUUGGGGCUCGAGACCUGAUGGUACUAUCCUCUCUGGAGCCGAGUUUGUUCCCAUGCUCUGGGGAAACAAGCAAGACUUUAUUAGUUCUUGGGCUGGCGCUGUUUCCACCGCCAUUUCCAACGGUGCCAGACAUGCCCUCUCCUUCAACGAACCCGAUCUCGGUGAGCAGGCCAACAUGGAUGCAGCGACCGCUGCCCGUCUUCAUAUUGAAAACAUGAACCCUCUGGCAGGGCAAGUGGCCAUUGGAUCACCGGCCGUUACUAACGGCCCAGCUCCAAUGGGUAUCGCUUACCUGAACCAGUUCUUUAGCGCUUGUGCAGGAAACUGCAAGGUCGACUUCGUUGCAUUCCACUGGUACGAUUCCGCCAGCAGUAUUUCAUAUUUCAAACAGCACGUUCAGGACGUCAUCAAUAUGGCUGCCGAACAUGGUAUCGGCAAGGUAUGGCUUACCGAGUUCGGUGCUUCUGGCUCAGAUUCCGAUGUCGCCAACUUCAUCUCAGAGGCUGUCGCCUUCCUCGACUCUACCCCAGCGGUGGAGAGGUAUGCUUACUUCAUGGUGAGCGAAGGCCUCCUGGUCAACGGUGGCUCGCUCUCAUCUUUGGGCGCCGCUUACGCUGCAUAAACUCAUGGCUAUGAACAUGCAGUUGAUGUUGGAGUAUUUUGUCCAUCUUGAUGCUGUGCGCAUAUAUUGGAAAAUUUACAAGAUAUUAUAUGAAAGCAAUCUGAUUGAUGAAUGAAUUGGAUGUCACUGGUCAGCAGUCCAGAAGCUACAUUUGGAAUAUUUUGAAUAGAUUUACGUGGAAAUGAAAAC